CAACUUUCCGCUUGCCGCUCCUGCGACCUUCAGAGUGGGAUUCCGCUGCGCUGGAGUGAGCACCGAGCAGCGAGUGAGUGCCAUCCGAGUCCCAGCGCCUUGCGCGGCGCGCCCUAGAGCAGCCAACAGUAGCAGCAGCAGCCAUGUCGGCCGCUAUGCAGCGAAACGACAGAGUUAGGCGGCUGCCGCCCGAAGUGAACAGGGUGCUUUACGUGCGGAACCUGCCGUUCUCGAUGUCCGCGGAGGAGCUGUACGCGCUGUUUGGCAAGUACGGCGCCAUCCGCCAGAUCCGGGUGGGCAACAGCAAGGACACGCGCGGCACGGCAUACAUUGUGUAUGAAGACAUCUUCGACGCCAAGACGGCGGUCGACCACCUGUCGGGCUUCAAUGUGCAGAACCGCUACCUCAUCAUCCUCUAUUACAACUCCACGCGGCACAAGACCAAGGUGGGGCUUAAGGACCAAGAAGCGGAGCUGCGGCGCAUGCAGGAGAAGCACGGCGUGGACGGCGAGCAGCACGCGACGAAGAAGAAGUGAGGCGGCCCGCGGCUGGGAGGAGGGAGGGCUGGCGGCGGCGCGCCGCGCGCUCUCCUCCGGCUUGGCUUGCAAAACGGCAGCCCACCUCGCGCUCUGCCCCCGGCCGCCUCCCUGCCCGCCCCCCAGCAUCUGCCCCUCGCUUUCUUUGCCGCUUUCAUGACUGCUUGGUUCCCCUAACUCUCCGACCUGACCUGACAUGCUCCCGUCCCUCGCUCCCAGCCCGUCUUGCUCCCCUCUCGUCCCCCGCUCUCUCCCCCCCCGCUGUCACUCUCCCCCGCCUCCGUCCAGCCCAUCAGCUCCUUCCAGCCCCUGCUGGCACCUCAGCACGAUAGUCGUUGCAUGUAAUGCCGUAACAGCAC